AAGCGGAAAUCGUAGGCGAUCCUUUAGAGGCGGUUAUUAUCAAUUCCCCUGCAAAUUUUUGUUCAAUUGAUUGCCAAAACGUCGUACGCAAUGAGAGGGGACCGCGGCAGGGGUCGAGGAGGCCGCUUUGGGUCCCGUGGAGGAAUGGUCCAGGGGUAUCGUCCAUUUGUUCCACACAUCCCGUUCGAUUUUUAUGUGUGUGAGAUGGCUUUCCCCAGAGUGAAGCCUGCGCCUGAUGAGAGUGCGUUCAGCGAGUGUUUGCUGAAGAGAAAUCAAGACUUGAGUCCUUCGCCUACAGAGCAGUCCUCCAUCUUGUCACUGGUCACAAAGAUCAACAACGUCAUUGAUAAUCUGAUCGUUGCACCUGGUAACUUUGAAGUGCAAAUUGAAGAGGUGCGUCAGGUGGGCUCUUACAAGAAGGGUACCAUGACAAGUGGCCACAAUGUUGCUGACCUGGUUGUGAUACUCAAGAUUCUUCCAACACUGGAGGCUGUUGCAGCCCUGGGCAACAAAGUGGUGGAUACUCUUCGCACACAGGACCCUACUGAAGUGCUGUCCAUGCUGACCAAUGAGACGGGCUUUGAGAUCAGCUCAGCGGACGCUACUGUCAAGAUCCUCAUCACCACCGUCCCUCCCAACCUGCGCAAACUGGACCCAGAGCUACACUUGGACAUCAAGGUACUGCAGAGCGCCCUCGCCGCCAUCCGCCACGCCCGCUGGUUUGAGGAAAACGCUUCUCAAUCCACGGUUAAAGUGUUGAUCCGCCUUCUGAAGGACGUCAGGCUGCGCUUCCCCGGCUUCGAGCCUCUGACUCCUUGGAUUUUGGAUUUACUGGGUCACUCUGCAGUGAUGAACAAUCCAUCCAGGCAGCCACUGUCUCUAAAUGUAGCCUACAGGCGCUGCCUGCAGAUGUUGGCCGCCGGUCUCUUCCUGCCCGGCUCGGUGGGUAUCACUGACCCCUGUGAGAGUGGAAACUUCCGAGUGCACACAGUCAUGACUCUGGAACAGCAGGACAUGGUGUGCUUCACAGCUCAGACACUGGUGAGGGUCCUGUCACACGGCGGUUUCAGGAAGAUCCUCGGCCUGGACGGAGAUGCUAGUUAUCUGGCUACCGAGAUGUCUACUUGGGAUGGGGUGAUAGUGACCCCUUCCGAAAAGGCCUAUGAGAAACCCCCUGAGAGGAAGGAGGAAGAUGAGCCUCUGGAGGAAGGAGGGGAAGGAGGGGAUGGAGGGGAUGGAGAGGAUGACAGCAUGGAGACCCAGGAUUGACAUGGAUGUAUGGCUCGCUGUUGUUCUCAAUAAUUAAUUUGCAUCUUAAUGAACUGAAAAGUUUUUUUUUGUUUUUUUUUUUGGAUCCCUUCUUUCCAGUCCCUUGCUAAACUUAUUGAGGAGGGCUGCUCCGCUGUCACGUGGAGAAAAACACCAGCAGGAUUCCAAUUUUCGAUCACAAGUUCAAGAAAAAAAAGGAUUGGCUAAAAGUUGUUUUUUUAUUUGAAGCUGUUAUUCUGAACUAAACUUGUUUUUAUUGUC